UUUCUUCCUGUACCGACCGAAGUUUAUCUCCGGAUAUUCAGGACCCCAUGCAGGAUGAUACAAAGGAGACGGACAAUUCCACUUCCUCAGAUAAAGAAACCACCAAUAACGAAAAUGAGGAGCAGAACUCUGGAACCAAAAGAAGGGGACCCCGAACCACCAUCAAGGCCAAGCAGCUGGAGACCCUCAAGGCAGCUUUUGCAGCCACCCCUAAACCCACCCGACAUAUCCGAGAACAGCUAGCUCAAGAGACGGGGCUCAACAUGAGAGUCAUCCAGGUUUGGUUCCAGAACCGGCGCUCCAAAGAGCGCAGAAUGAAGCAACUGAGCGCACUGGGCGCCCGGAGACAUGCAUUCUUCCGGAGUCCUCGGCGCAUGCGUCCUCUGGGGGGCCGGCUGGAUGAAUCCGAGAUGCUGGGUACCACUCCAUACAGUUACUACGGAGAUUACCAAGGCGAUUACUACGGCCCCGGGAGCAACUACGACUUUUUCUCGCACGGCCCCCCCUCGCAGGCGCAGUGGUCCUUCUUAUCUUGA